UAAAUGCAACAGUCCUGGAAACACCCGGUGUCAGUGUUGUCAAAGGAUAUCUUCGGGACAAUGUUGAGACAAAAGGUUGGUUAAGGGUAGGGACAGUCAAAAAAGCCUGGGACAUGCAAAUUUGA